AUGUCUGAACGAAAAGUUUUGAACAAGUACUUCCCCCCGGAUUUCGAUCCGGCCCUCAUUCCUCGCAGGAAGCAGCCGAAGAAUUCACAACAAGUGGUUCGUCUGAUGGCUCCCUUCUCUAUGCGAUGUAACACUUGCGGAGAAUAUAUCUACAAAGGGAAGAAGUUCAACGCCCGGAAAGAGACUGUAGAAGGGGAGGACUACUAUGGCAUCAAGAUUUUCCGUUUCUAUAUCAAAUGUACCUUGUGUUCCGCCGAGAUCACCUUCAAGACGGAUCCAAAGAAUACUGACUAUUCUGCCGAGCACGGCGCUUCGCGAAACUUUGAGCCUUGGCGAGAGGAGCGAGCAGUUGAGGAAGAGGAUCGAUUGGCGAAGCUGGAGGAAGAAGAGAACAACCCAAUGAAGGCGCUAGAGAAUAGAACCGUUAACUCAAAGCGAGAGAUGGAUAUCCUAGAUGCAUUGCAAGACAUUCGUGCGCGAAAUGCGCGGAAUGAACGAGUGGGGCAAUCUGUGGAUUUGAUGGAGCGAAUUGGGGUUGAGGAGAUUGAGACAGAGGAGGACAGAGAACGGAGAAGGCAAGAAGAAGAGGAUGAGAAACUGGUGCGCGAGGUCUUCGCCAAGAUCCCGGUUGAUAGCGCUGGCUCUGGCGGGUCCGCCGAGUCGGAUACGCCUGCGCCGGUGGUAACGAUGAAACGGAAGGCAGAGGGGGUAGAGCCUGAGCUGAAGAACUUGUUACCAGAAGAUACUCGAGCGCUGAUAUCCUCCAAGUCGUUCGGGGCCCCACCAGCAAAGAAGAAGAAGACGGAUAUGAAGAAUUCUCUCGGAAUUAAGAUCAAGGGGAAAACAGUGGCGAAAGCAAAGGUCGCUGUAUAA